GCGGCGGUGUGACUCCUUCCCCGGCCCUCCUCCCGGCCCCGGCAAGCGCACUGUGCGGCGGCGGGGGGCGUCGGGGCCCGCGAGGCCGGAGGAGGCGGCGGCGCCGGGCAUGGUGGUGUGGGGCAACGUGGAAGAAACUCCACCAUGAGACGAGGUGGAUGGAGGAGGCGAGCUGAAAAUGAUGGCUGGGGAAAAUGGGGUGGAUAUAUGGCUGCCAAGGUCCAGAAAUUGGAGGAACAGUUUCGAUCAGAUGCUGAAAUGCAGAAGGAUGGAACUUCAUCUACAAUUUUUAGUGGAGUUGCCAUCUAUGUUAAUGGAUAUACAGAUCCUUCUGCUGAGGAAUUGAGAAAGCUAAUGAUGUUGCAUGGAGGACAGUACCAUGUGUAUUAUUCCAGGUCCAAAACAACACACAUUAUUGCCACAAAUCUUCCUACUGCCAAAAUAAAAGAAUUGAAGGGGGAAAAAGUAAUUCGGCCAGAAUGGAUUGUGGAAAGCAUCAAAGCUGGACGACUCCUGUCCUACAUUCCCUAUCAGCUGUACAGCAAGCAGUCCACUAUGCAGAAAAGUCUCAACUUCAAUCCUGUAUGCAAACCUGAGGACCCGGUGCCUGGUCCAAGCAAUGGAGCCAAACAGCUUAACAACAGGGUAAAUCACGUAAUUAAGGAGCUUGAGACAGAAAAAGAAAUCAAAGCCAAUGGAAUGAACAGUUGGAAUGAAGAAGAUGCAAGUAGUGAUUUUAGUUUUGCGGAGCUGGAGCAGAUCUUUCCAGAAAGGAAACAAAACGGGAUUCCACCUCACAGAGACAGCCCUGCCAUUUUCAAUGGCCACACUCAUAGCUCUAAUGGUGCCUUAAAGAUACAGGAUUGCUGGGUGCCUGGAGGCAACAGUGUUGCCAGCAGGCUUUCUCCAGACUCUACCCAGAGGGAGGAGAAGGCUGAGAAUAGCAGCACCGACUUCAGAGACUGCAGUGUGCAGCUGUCGCAACAAAGCACCAGGAACACAGAUGCCGUGCGGAAUCCACACAGAACUAAUUCCUUCUCAUUAUCAUCUUUGCACACUAACACUAAAAUAAAUGGUGCUCACUACUCCACUGUUCAGGGGCCUUCAAGCACAAAAAGCACUUCAGGACCUACUCUUAGCAAGGCAGCACCUUCAGUGCCAUCCAGACCCUCAGACGGCAGUUUUAUUUCAGACUUCUAUUCUCGUUCAAGACUGCAUCACAUAUCAACGUGGAAGUGUGAAUUGACUGAGUUUGUCAAUACCCUACAAAGACAAAGUAAUGGUAUCUUCCCAGGAAGGGAAAAGUUAAAAAAAAUGAAAACAGGCAGGUCUGCCCUUGUUGUAACUGACACAGGAAAUAUGUCAGUAUUGAGUUCACCCAGACAUCAGAGCUGUAUAAUGCAUGUUGAUAUGGAUUGCUUCUUUGUAUCAGUGGGUAUACGAAAUAGGCCAGAUCUCAAAGGGAAACCCGUGGCUGUUACAAGUAACAGAGGCACAGGAAGGGCACCUCUACGUCCUGGAGCUAACCCCCAGUUGGAGUGGCAGUAUUACCAGAAUAAAAUCCUGAAAGGCAAAGCAGCAGAUAUACCAGAUUCAUCACUGUGGGAGAAUCAAGAUUCUGCGCAUACUAAUGGAAUUGAUUCUGUCUUGUCGAAGGCUGAAAUUGCAUCUUGCAGUUAUGAAGCCAGAUCCCUCAAAGUGCUAGAACCCUGGCUCCUGCCCAGACUGAUGUCCUGCCAUACACAGUGCUGUUGGCAUCUCAGCCACUGUGGAGGCACCUGCGGAGCUUGGAAUUGGUCAGUGGGAACCGGACAAGUUGGUAUUAAGAAUGGAAUGUUUUUUGGGUACGCUAAACAACUUUGUCCUAAUCUUCAAGCUGUUCCAUAUGAUUUUCAUGCAUAUAAGGAAGUUGCACGCACGAUGUAUGAGACAUUGGCAAGCUAUACGCACAACAUCGAAGCAGUCAGCUGUGAUGAAGCGCUGGUGGACAUCACUGAGAUCCUUGCGGAGACCAAGCUUACUCCUGAUGAAUUUGCAAGCGCUGUCCGCAUGGAAAUCAAAGACCAGACUCACUGUGCUGCCUCUGUUGGGAUUGGUUCUAAUAUUCUCCUGGCUAGAAUGGCAACUAGAAAAGCAAAGCCAGACGGCCAGUACCACUUAAAGCCAGAAGAAGUCGAUGAUUUCAUCAGAGGUCAGCUAGUUACUAAUCUACCAGGAGUGGGACGGUCCAUGGAGGCCAAACUGGCAUCUUUGGGAAUUAAGACUUGUGGAGACCUGCAGUACAUGACCAUGGCAAGACUCCAGAGGGAAUUUGGUCCCAAGACAGGGCAGAUGCUGUACAGGUUCUGCCGAGGUUUGGAUGACAGACCAGUUCGAACCGAAAAGGAAAGAAAAUCGAUUUCAGCUGAGAUCAACUAUGGAAUAAGGUUUACCCAGCCCAAAGAAGCAGAAGCUUUCCUUCUGAGUCUUUCAGAGGAAAUUCAAAGACGGCUUGAAGCUGCUGGCAUGAAGGGUAAACGCCUGACUCUCAAAAUAAUGGUACGGAAGCCGGGGGCCCCUGUAGAAACUGCAAAAUUUGGAGGCCAUGGAAUUUGUGAUCACAUCGCCAGGACCGUGACUCUCGACCAGGCAACAGACAGUGCAAAAGUAAUUGGAAAGGCCACACUGAACAUGUUCCACACAUUGAAGCUAAACAUAUCGGACAUGAGAGGGGUUGGGAUUCAAGUGAACCAGUUGGUUCCUGCUCAUCCGAGACUUCACGCCUGUCCCAGGCAUGUGCCAGCUCAGCCAGAUCCUGGUGGCUCCCACUCUGUCCUGGACCUCCUCCAAGUUCAGAAAGCAAAGACAUCCUCAGAAGAAGAGCACCAGGAAGUAUUCCUGGCUGCCAUGGAUCUGGAAAUCUCAUCUGCCUCUAGAACUUGCACGUUCCUGCCAUCUCUCUCUACACAUCUGGCAUCUGCUGUCAGCCCUGUUACGAGCAAAGCCGAGCCUUCGGGGAAAUGGAAUGGUCUACAUUCUCCCAUCAGCUUAAAAUCAAAACUGAACCUGAGUAUAGAGGUCCCAUCACCUUCCCAGCUCGAUCAGUCUGUUUUAGAAGCACUCCCGCCUGAUCUCCGGGAACAAGUAGAGCAAGUUUGUGCUGUUCAGCAAGGGGAGCAGCAUGGUGACAAAAAGAACGAACCAGUAAAUGGCUGUAAUACAGGAAUCGUGCCUCAACCAGUGGGGACAGUUUUAUUACAAAUACCAGAACCUCAAGCAUCUAACAGCGACAUGGGAAUCAGCCUAAUAGCCCUCCCAGCAUUCUCACAAGUGGACCCCGAGGUGUUUGCUGCCCUUCCCGCUGAGCUUCAGAAGGAGCUGAAAGCGGCUUAUGGGCAGAGGCAGAGGCCGGGGGAGAGCGCGCACCCGCAGGCAGCCAGCGCCGCAGUGCCAAAGAAUCCGUUCCUUCAGCUGAAACCAGCCUCAGUGAAAGAAAAGAAACGAAACAAGAAGAAAAAUCCCAUCAGUUCCCCCAAAAAGGUUCAGAGCCCUUUGAAAAACAAGCUGCUUAACAGUCCCGUAAAAGCUGCGCCAGGGGCCAGCGGGAGUCCCCAGAAGUUAAUCGAAGGGUUUCUGAAACACGAAGGUCCUACCCCUGGGAAACCGCUGGGAGAACUCUCUGCUUCUACUUCAGGUGUGCAGCCUUCCCCAUCUGGCUGUGUCAGACCCCCAGCACCCAACCUUGCCGGAGCCGUCGAGUUCAGUGACGUGAAGACACUGCUCAAGGAGUGGAUCACCACCAUUUCAGAUCCAAUGGAAGAAGACAUUCUGCAAGUUGUGAAAUACUGCACUGACCUGAUAGAGGAGAAAGACUUGGAGAAACUGGACCUCGUUAUAAAAUACAUGAAAAGGUUGACGCAGCAGUCGGUGGAAUCAGUUUGGAAUAUGGCAUUUGACUUUAUUCUUGACAAUGUUCAGGUGGUUUUACAACAGACUUAUGGGAGCACAUUGAAAGUUACAUAGUGUGAGCAGGGAGCGCGGUGCUCUCGCUGCGGUGCCAUAAGUGCUUGUGAGGUAUCUACAAAGUGCAUGGUAGUAAUGCUCUGAGUUUUCAUAAUUUCAAAUUUCUUUUUGAGCAAGUGUUUUGUACAUUUCUUUUCAAAAAGUGCCAAAUUUGUCAGUAUUGCAUGUAAAUAAAUGUGUUCUUUUACUGUAGUAUAGAUUCUAUUUACAAAAUGUUUGUUUAUAAAGUUUUAUGGAUUUUUACAGUGAAGUGUUUACAGUUGUUUAAUAAAGAACUGUAUGUA